UUUUUUUCACCUUUUGGGGGAUUUGCAAACCGAAUUACAUGCAUGUCCAGUGGGGGAAGGUUUAAUUUUGACGAUGGAGGGUCGUACUGUGGAGGCUGGGAGGACGGAAAGGCUCAUGGCCACGGAAUCUGUACCGGCCCCAAGGGUCAAGGUGAAUAUUCGGGCUCCUGGAGUCACGGCUUUGAGGUCUUGGGGGUCUACACUUGGCCCAGCGGCAACACUUACCAGGGCACCUGGGCGCAGGGCAAGCGCCAUGGCAUUGGCAUGGAGAGCAAAGGGAAGUGGGUGUACAAAGGAGAGUGGACCCAUGGAUUUAAGGGACGGUAUGGGGUCCGAGAAUGCACUGGAAACGGGGCCAAGUACGAAGGCACUUGGAGCAAUGGAUUACAGGAUGGCUACGGGACAGAGACCUACUCGGAUGGAGGGACAUACCAGGGCCAGUGGGUCGGAGGGAUGCGCCAGGGUUACGGCGUGCGGCAGAGCGUUCCCUACGGCAUGGCUGCGGUUAUCAGGUCACCCCUGAGGACGUCCAUCAACUCCCUGCGCAGCGAGCACACCAAUGGCACGGCGCUCCACCCCGACUCCUCGCCGGCGGUGGCCGGGAGCCCCGCGGUCUCCCGGGGAGGCUUCGUCCUCAUGGCCCACAGCGAUGCCGAGAUCCUCAAGAGCAAGAAGAAGGGCAUCUUCCGGCGGUCGCUGCUGAGCGGGCUCAAGCUCCGCAAGUCUGAGUCCAAGAGCUCCUUGGCCAGCCAGCGGAGCAAGCAGAGCUCUUUCCGGAGCGAGGCCGGGAUGAGCACGGUCAGCUCCACCGCCAGCGACAUCAACUCCACCAUCAGCUUGGGCGAGGGCGAAGCCGAGCUCUCCGUCAUCGAAGACGACAUCGACGCCACCACCACCGAGAUCUACGUGGGCGAGUGGAAGAACGACAAGAGGUCAGGCUUCGGGGUGAGCCAGCGCUCGGACGGGCUGAAGUACGAAGGAGAAUGGGCCAACAACAAGCGCCACGGCUACGGCUGCAUGACCUUCCCCGACGGCACCAAGGAGGAGGGCAAGUACAAGCAGAACAUCCUGGUCAGCGGCAAGAGGAAGAACCUCAUCCCGCUGCGGGCCAGCAAGAUCCGCGAGAAGGUUGAUCGAGCCGUGGAGGCUGCCGAGCGGGCGGCCACCAUCGCCAAGCAGAAAGCGGAGAUCGCGGCCUCCAGGACCUCUCACUCCAGGGCCAAGGCGGAGGCGGCUGUGACAGCAGCGCAGAAAGCUCAGGAGGAAGCGCGGAUCGCCAGGAUCACUGCCAAAGAGUUUUCGCCUUCCUUCCAGCACAGGGAGAACGGUCUUGAAUGCCAGCGGCCGAAGCGCCAGAACUCGAGCGAUGACAUUGAGGUCCUCUCCACCGGGACACCGCUCCAGCAAGAGAGCCCCGAGCUGUACCGCAAGGGCACCACCCCCUCCGACCUGACUCCUGAUGACAGCCCGCUGCAGAGCUUCCCUGCCAGCCCUUCCUCCACCCCACCCCUGGGGCCUUCCUGCAGGAACAAGAGCGCUCACUUCUCCAGGCAGGUGUCGGUGGACGAAGAGAGGGGUGGGGAGAUCCAGAUGUUGCUGGAGGGACGCGGUGGGGACUACUUGCGACCCAACAGCUGGAGCGAAGAGAAGGUCAGUGGGACACGGGGUGUGAGAAGCGGGACCCUGCGCAGCAGUCAGCUGGGGUCAGCCUCGGUCCCUGAAGACUACAGAGGUCGGAGCGGAGGACAUAAACAUUCGGCCUCCAACCACAAGCAAAGAGAGAGGUGGACAGAUUCCCCAGCCACAGUUUCAUGGACUUCCCACCACAGAUCCCAUAACCACAGCUCAGGGAGCUCCAAGCUGCUUGAGCUGGAUGAGGAGAAGAUGAGCAAUUACGAGAUGGAAAUGAAGCCCCUCAUGAGGAUGGAUUCUUAUAUGCAAGAGAUUCACACCCAAAAAAGACACUAUAGCAAAGGGGGACCCUGCAGGAGCAUGUCUGAUGACCACCGCGGGGAAGAACGGGGCUUUGGGGUUCAGAGACUAAGGUCUAAGUCCCAGAACAAAGAGAAUUUCAGGCCAGCUUCCUCUGCCGAGCCCACGGUGCAGAAACUGGAAAACCUGAGAUUCGGGGACAAAGCUGAACCUCGGCUACUGAGGUGGGACUUAACCUUCUCCCCACCACAGAAAUCUUUACCUGUUGCACUAGAAUCUGAAGAGGACAGUGGGGAUGCGCUCAAAUCCAGUACGGGCUCAGCUCCCAUCUUGGUAGUCAUGGUGAUCUUACUAAACAUUGGAGUCGCCAUUUUGUUUAUUAACUUUUUCAUCUAAUUCAAGGACUGUCUUGUUUGCAAAAAUAACAGUUACAUGUACGAAUGGGGGAAGAAAAACAAACCACAAACCAACCAACCAAACAACAAACAAAACAAAACAGAAAGGGAAAAACAAAAAACAAACACAAAACUCCUACCUUGAACUGUCCUAGGACAAUUUCCAAGUCUUUUCACAGAAGAACAACGAACGAUCGAGUCUCACUCACAGUUUGCCUUUUUUUCCUGGGUAAUGUUUUUUGGAUUUUAGCCAAAAUUCUUUGCUUGUAUAACACUAUGCUGUGUGGCAUGGCAAAAAAAAUGCUAUCAACACUCUGCCCCCCCAACACUGGAAAGGAUGAGAAGGAAAUCCCAACGAAGUAAAACCUCGUUUCCCCC